AUAGCAACAAGUGCACUUCGGACGCACUGCAAGGCGAUGACUGUGUCUAUGUUCACCAAAACGGUCCGGCUGGAGCAGGCGGUGAAGCUUAUAAACCAGCUGGAUGAUGCUAAAUUCAGUGCAUUGCUUGCAAGAAUUUUACAGAAGCUGCCCUGCAAGGAUGAACGCAGCUUCACUGAGGAGGAAGAACAGAAACUGCAGCGCGCCUUUAACUGCGAUGCACAGGAGGUCACCCUUCUUCUAGAGUCCCUCUCCUUCAUCUUUGAACAGGCUGCAUUCCACUUGGCAAAGCCACAGGUGCUCCGUACGCAGCUGACAGAUCUGGGCAUGGAGGAAAACAAGGUUCAGUGCAUGGUGCAGUCGUGGACAAGUCAUGCCAAGCAGCUCGUUGAGCAGUUGAAGCAGCGCUCUCUUGCUCCCAGACAGCUUCAAAAUGUGGACUGGGAGGUGCAAGUGCGGACAGCUCAGCAGUCUGCAGCACGGUCCAAGAGGCUCCAGGCCCUGGUGGACCUUGUCGUCUCCACAGGAGCUGCACAUGACCACCUGCUGCUGCAGUUUUCACAUGGACAGCUCUUCAACCUUUACACGCAGUUGGAGCAAAUUCAGGUACAGCUCGACAGCCUCAUCUGAGCUGGCUCUGAGAGCUUGUGACUCCUCCUGUCGUCACUAUCUUUCUGUCCCCAUUACCUGACCACUGGCUGGACCACAGUCGACAGUAAGCUUGUCCCUCCGACUGAAGAUGCUUUAGGCAUUAUCUUGGCCAUUGUAUGAUUGCUGGCAAAUACUUUUGCUUUGUAUCAGACCUAGCUACUUGUACUCUUCUUUUUUUUUCUCUUUUAUUUGUUAUGAAGGUGAUACUGUCUUGUCAGUGAACUAUAAGUGACCAUUAACACCCAUCUCAGGAUUUGUUCUGCUCAGGGUUCACUCAUCCCAGUCUGCAACAUUGACAUGGCUGUAUUGUAGAGAUUUGGCGCUGCGCGUGAGUUAGUUUUUUUUGGCAGUUCAGAAUGUGGAUGCUGUCGGCUACUGUAGUUAUGCUGGGCCUCAAAAGUUUAUAGACCGACUGAGCUUCAUCAUUACAUGGAGCGUUGUCUGAAUUUGUGGAUGUGGAACGAGUGGGGCACACAUCUCGCUUUUAAGCGUCCUGAUAGGGCCCCGGUGAAAUGGUUUGCAGCGAGAGUAGAAGAGCGUCUGUUUUGUGAACAGUGUACGCUCGUUCAUUUGUGCUUCGCUGAAGCAGGAGAAUCAAGUAUGCAGUUUCUUGCGAAGAAGUCAGAUUAUUGUAAAGUUGGUGUAGAUGGCUGCAGUCGUAAAGGUUAUGGUUUUGUGAAUCUCACUGGCCCGUGCAGUCAAGGUAUAGAGUAGCUUAAAGAAUGGACUUUGUUUGUAAUUUAACUUGAGUGCUUCAUUUGUGAAUCAUAGCUAUGGAUCAUUCAUUUAUUAGUAUAGUCACUACCUUGUUUCAUAAUAUGAAUAACUGAGGAAUUUUUUUUUUAAUUUUGAAAUCUCAGGCAUAGUGCAACUGUUUUUGGAAAGGAACACAUCAGCUGUGACUUCAUUAUUAAGAAGUUAGCUGCUAUUUUAUCAGCACGAAUACAUGUUCCUACUGAUUAUCCUGUAGCCUUACUGAAUUAGCUCCUAGGAAUCCUGUAACAGUUGCUUUGUAUGAUUAGGGAAGGUUUUAAGGCACAGACUGUUUGUAAAUUGUGUAUGGAGGAGGCUAGUAUUGCAUCACUGCUUUCUCACAAGAACAUCACACUUAUUAAGAAGGUGGAAUCAAUGUCCACAAAGACAUCGCAUGUCUAGCCUAAUCAUUCUAAAAUAUACAUUUACAAAUACUGUAUUAAGGAUGGAGGUAAGACCAAAAGCAAGUCUUUCGCAACAUGCAGACAACAGUGAGUGACCUGUCAGAAGCUCGAAUACACAAGCAAAUAAGAGCAGUGAGAUAAUGGCGCAAGUGGAAAAAUGUCGUAACAUUGUGUUUGCAGAAUCACUGACCCCUUCAAUGUCAUUGCCACUAAUUAGCAGUGUCUAAUAUUUCAUGUCUAUCGAUUCCUUAUUUUAUCGUAUAUGUUUUUAAAGUAAUCUGUGGUCAUUUUAUUGCAACUGUUACAACCACUCACUGAAAUGUACUACGAGACAUGGAAACGUGAAGCAAAAAGUGUGCUUGCCUGACAUUACUUGUUACAAGAAAGGAAUGUGAGGUACAGACAGUUUAUUCGAAAAGGACAUUGGUGAGUAAGGAAUUGGAGACGUCAGAGAAGCCAAAGUCUGCACGUUAGACUAUCGUGGGGUUGCAUGAUUUUGCGUACUGUAAAUUGUAAAGAACUUGGGUUGCACUUCAUGCCAUGGACAGCCAAGUGGUUUGCCUGCUCCUCAAUCUGGUCAUAUGAAUUUCUGUUUGCAUUGGUUUUCCCCUCGCUUUUAAUUCAGAUGACUAUUCAGGCUCAGGACUCUUUGGCAAGGUCUGUACAGUUCACUUUCAUUAAUUUGUCGCAAUGUAGCUGGACCUUCCUUUAAUAGACAGUUAUAGUGUACCGGGCUUAGCGGGAUAGCGGGCUUACCGUGAUAGCGGGAUCGAAGUGCGCAUGCGCAGAUACGUUUGUUACCCAUACUGCUUACCGUGCACGUGCUAUUUUUCAGAUUUGACGUUACCGUGUUAGCGUAGUGCACGUAUAGUGUACGUAAACAUGGCAGCGCUUUCGGACUGCUCGCUUUGAAGUGAUUUUGACACAGUUGUUGAAAGAUUAACUUUGUUUGGAGCAAACGACUGUUUAAAAUGGCUUCGCUUGCCUUUAGUUAGGUUCGAUCACCGAGUAUUACGGAUAAGCUAGCGUAAUUUUUGAGAUAGCUUCCCAUUUCGAACGUCUCUAGGCUUAACUAGAAGAUCGAUGUAAACCAAUCGACAACUUGAAUGUUUUAACGUUUGGUGCGUGGUUCAUAUUUAUUUGCUUUUAUUAUUACUAAAAUAAACUUGUAACAAUACUUUGUGCGGUGACACAGGCAUUCUCGUUUUCUUUUCCGUUUCACUUAUCUUAUUAACCCUUCGUUAGAUGCCUCCACCAUCGCAGCUGGGGCACGUAAUCCACGUAAGUGCUAUCCCGCUAAACUAUAAGACGCUGUCCGCAACGAAACCUUGCUGCACAGUAACGGCAUUUCUUUAACCUCCUCUAUCACGCUAACGGUAAACUAUAACUAUCUAAUGUAUACCAUGUUCAGAAGUUCCAAGAGGCGCCUUGUGCUUGUUGUGUGCUUCCUUCUAGUCAAAAUUUUAACCAACUAUACUCUCCUUCCUUGUUUAAAAAACAAGAACCAGAGGGGGGGGGGUUCAACCAAAUUUUAGUUAGACCAUGGAAGUUGUUGGGUGUCCAAUGAGGAACACUUUGCAACAAAAAAUUUUUUGAAUCUGUUCAUUACAAGCUGAGAACUUUUUUUUUUUUGCUGAAGCGGCACGAACCUAGGAUGAGAGAAGGCAAGCUCGAAACCCUUGCCGCUCCUCUGCGUAGCCUUCGCAAGCCAAAUCUCUUCCCUACCAUUUCCGGCAUUCGACCUAGAGGCCACGUGCGCAUGACAUGCUCGAACAUGCUUACCCCCGUGCACGCAAGCGGCUUUUUUUUUUUUUUUUUUUCUUGUUGACCAGCAUUAUUUUGAGGCCUACGGCAUGUUUCUGCGGGAUAGUUUGGAAACGCUGGCUUGGACGAGGUAGAAUAUAGACGAGCACAAUCAGUGCACGAACGCCUAGGAGCGUUUCACGCCUGUCGUUUGCUCGAUGCGCUGACCGCAGGGACAUGAACACAUGCGAAACGCCGGCACAUUAGCUUCGCAUCACCUUGAAGUUCAUGGGGAGAAAAAUGAAAAAAAAAAAAGAAUGCUCACAUUUUCUUAUUGCAUCUUAUUAUUUAUCUAGUGAUUUAUUAAUCUCUUCAAGCAACAAAUACAUGAACUACGCAUGUCGUGUUAAAUAAUUUUCGCCAUGCCACGUGCCACUGUUGGCAACGUCAAAGCAUAGUUGUCUAUGUAGAGGACGAACGUCACUGCAUUGCCGUGUAUAUAGGGACAUUCAUGCGCACGUCAUGCCCUCAUUAUCUGGGCGCCCUCCUGCAAAAGAAAGGGGGAGCAGCAUUCAUCUUGAAAUUUGACCCAUUUUCGCGGCGUGUAGCGUUGCAAAUUUUGGCAGACGUGAUUAUGAACGUCUUUUCUACGCAUUGCGCUUGUCAGCACAACAUUUUCAAACCUGGUGAGUGGCCCUUUAAAAGGAUAGGAUGGUUUCUGCACUACCUUUGCUUUGAUGAGAGAAAAAAAAAUCUGCAUUAAAAUACUUCUAGAAAAUGUUUACAGGCAUCAUAUUGUGAGCUACAAGUGCCUCUGUCCACAUAGACUUCACUUGUUACUCGCAGCACUUGCUUUUAUUGUUCUUGUUCCUGUUUUCUGCCUUCUUCAGACGUAUGAUCUCAGACACUUGAGCAUAGAAAUGUGGCAAACGAUUUCUCGAAACGGGUAUGCCACAGCUCCAUGGUGAGCUGAAAUUCGAAUAAUAGUGUUUAACUAUACCCCUGGAGGGUUCAAGAGAAAUGUUUCAAUGAUGCCACGCCAUUUCUGGAUGUUCGGUAUAUUCUUCUCGUGGUCAUAUUUUCAUAGCGAGUGGUUGGUGAAAAGUGUGUGUGUCCAUCUGUGCAUGGCGUUCUGCACACAUGUACUAAACUCUUUAGGCAUUCCUUUAUUCCUUGAAGCAAUGAGCUGCUCCUGCAUGGCAACUGAUUUCAUUGCUGCUGCAUUUUAUUAUGUCUAGUGAUACACAUACUGGCAGUCACAGUUGCCAAAUGUGCUAUCAAUGUAGAGUUGCUUUAAUGCAUAAAACUCGAAAAAAGAUAGAUAACAGCUGCUUGGACCUUACCUGCAAAUGAGAAGGUACAGAUGUGCUACGUUGAAAGAUUGGGUGAAAUAGUUUGAUACUAUCUAAAUUAAUGCUGCUCUCUUGUAUGCAGUUGAUUAUAUUUUGAUUCAGUAAAGAUGUGCGCACUUGUCUCUUCAGAAAUGGCAGUGCAUAAUCUUAUAAGUGAUUUGUGUGCUGCAGCUUACUUCAAAUUUAAAAGGAAUGUGGUCCGGUUGCAGUACCCAAAGUGUUUACUUUUUUUUUUUCUUCUAAUAAUAUAUAAACCAGCACAGUGGCUACAUUGGGCCAAGAUUAACUAAAAUGGCAAACCAGUUUGAUUCGAUGUGACCCAUUUCCUCGCACAACUUUGCUUAUUUAUGUAUUUUGCAGUAGCCUCUAGCGUAGGUUCCAGCCAGAAGCAGAACACUAUAACUCCUUACACAUUCUUCUAGUUGCUAUAGCACACUGUAGACUCUCCUGUGAAACUAACCUGGUGGGUAUGACUUCCUGAUACUCUGUACGCCUUGGGAAAUUCUAGUUAGAGGCGGCUCUGCAAAUUCUCUUCGUUUUUUUUUGUGGGCAUGACCAAUAGCGUAUGGAAAUGCUUUCGCUCCUUCUAUCACUGACAGGAUCCUGUCGUGAGCACCUUCUACAGACAUCACUGUAAGGGUGCACUCACACCAGCUAAUGCAGAGGUCACACAACUGACUGCAGCUAGUAAGCUGUCAGAUAUUUCUGCAAACUAUAGUCAUGCCGGCAAGUGUGACUUUCUUGUUGCUGCACCCAAGUGUCUCACAAUUAACACCAUUCACAUUUACUCGCACUGCCAUUAGCUUGUGAAUAAGGCAUCAGCAUUAUGCAGAUGUCCUGCUCCUGUGCUACUAAUUGGUUCAAUGAUUGGCAACAAUAGUUGUGUGACAGACCAAUAUCAGUUGCUUUUAAACCAAAACAACCAGUUUCGAACAACUUGUUCACCUGACCUUUGCGAGUUGAUUAUGAGAACGAGUUUCAAAGCUGACACUCUGUACUGAGCUUUCUCGUAUUGCUCUGCAUAUACUUUGGACUCCCACUGAAGUACUAUAUAAUUUUAAUGAUAUCGUGGCACUUGUCUUGGGUGUGAAGCUAGUCCAUGCUGUGGCAUCUUCCUGAGCCUACUGUUUUUCGAUUGUGUCCUUUUAAUAAGUGAGUACCUGCAGGAAAGCUGCAGAUGGCCAUAAUGCAUGGAUGCAUGUGUUCGCAGAUAGGUUGUAUUCUUCGCGUGUGUCGAAAGUGAGAGGGAAAAAAAAAAACUGACUGAUCUCUCGUGGGAAGAAAUGGGAAGUGAUUGCUAGAAUUGUCACGGUUACUGUGCAAGGUUGUCCUUUAUAUGGAUAUGUGUUGGUGGUGUCGAGUUUGUCUGUCAAGAAACGACAAAGUACACAUGAACUGUAGUCACUGCGUGUGAUGUCUCAUGGUCUUGGCACUGGUCGCGUUCCUUAUUUUUCUGUGUGGCUGUCGAUGAAUAAUAUGGCGCAUUCUUAUCUUGUUGGCUGUUGCCGUGCAGUGCUCGUGUACUGAUUUGGCAAGUGUACAUGCGUGGCACACACCGUAGCCACUUCCGGUUCUGCGGUUGCUACUGUCGCUUCCAAAAUAUUUGAUGGCUUCAUCUUCAAAUGCAAAUUGAUAACUAAUUUUACCCUAGGGCUGGCAAGGUGUGGCUACAGAUGCGCUUGAACUCAUCCAAACAGUCUGUUGAUUAAAGCCUAGAAGAUCAUGCAUAACUGCAAGCUUGAAACAGCCUUUUGUUUAGUGUUUAUUGGUUUUGUGAGCCUAAAUUGUCAGGGGUGUUGGUGCGGGAAGAUUUUUAUUUAUUUAACUUAAGUUCACCACUCAAGAGAUGGGACAAGGACCAAGUGCAGGCUGAACAAGACACCGUCUUGUCAAGAACUCACUCUCUUGUCACAUUUUCUGGUUGGUGCACUCAAGCCUGUGAAACAUUCCUCCUUUAUUUUGUAUCGUCGAAAGCUUUCUGAAGGCCUUGUAGGUGGCAGUAAGUGCCGGGCUACCGAUUUUUGUAGCGUAUCAUUUGAGCAGUGCAUGCAAACUAUGGUUGAGGCUGUACUCAACAGUGUUCAAGACAGACGUGCUGUUUUGAAAAAGUGAUGCAGUUGAUGCGUAAUUGUUUUUUCAUUGAAGAAGUAAAAGAUUUGGCCUGUAGUAUUCUAUGGCCACUGGUCUGUCAGCCACUUCCUCCUGUCCUGCCUGUUACCUACUGCAUCAAAAUUGGUCUGAAUAUCGGCUGCACUUGGUGGCAUACACUGCCAAAUCUCUUCAAAUUGCUCUGCAGCACUGCUGAAGGCGGCACACUCAAGAUACGACUGGGCUUGAAGGCUGCUCAAUCGCUGUCCGUGUUUUUUUGCUGACAAGGACGUGGCUGUCCUUUUCUUGUCCUUCAUUUGUUUGAGGUGCCACAAGAUAGCUCUGCAAAGCUGUGGCCCAUACUGCUCAAGAACGGCAGUUGAUGCAAUAGAACGCACAAGGUGUCUUUCCUCCAAGGCUUCCCGUUUUGGAAGCCCUAUUGUGUACUGUGACAUCAUUUAUCUGCUGGUGCCAGCGGACCUACCAGAGACCGUAAUGUCAAGUCGCCACAUGCUGCCAUGUUGUUUGUGCAGUACAAGAGCAUGGUGAGAGACACUUGGUGUAAUGCGUAGUAUGAAAAUCCCUUCUACGCAUUUCAUCAUGCUGUUUUUUUUUAAUAAAUGACCGAGAAAUCAAUUUUACAGCCAGUUUAAAUUAUGGUGGAUUAACUAAUUAGCCCUUAUUGAAGGCUGUUGAUUACAUUGAAUCUCUAGAUGCUUGUCAUUAAUGUUUUGAGAAACUAAACAAUAAGCAGUGACCAUUCACAAGCAUACUCCACUGAAAGGAAUCAGUAUUUGCUCCCGUUAUUGCAGCUGCUAACAAAUGACAUGGCAGCAUGGGUGCAGUAUAUUGCAAAGAGACUAUGAAUGGUGUUUCCAGAAGAUUGUUGUUGAAGUGCAUGUAUGGGACCAUCUCCAGCGAAAGCUGUUACAUGCUUUAUGUUCUUCCUCCUCUACAAUGGCAUUAAGAUUUCGUUGGUGCCAGCCACGACUUCUUUUGAAAUAAUUUCUCGUUUGUAUCACUGCCCUUCGGCGCAAGGUGCACUGAACAUGAGUUCUGCUUUUGUGAACACUGUUUGUGUCCACAGCUUGUAUUUUGUUUGUGAAUGGAAUUUUUGUGUAUUAGUUUACUCAACACUUUUAUGAAUAAUGUGUCACACGUUGUGUUAAAUGUCUGUUUUGUUCAUUGUUUUUAGCACUUUUGCCAUCUUCUUGGACUUGUGUGUGCCUUGGUUUUUAACAUUGCUAGCAUUUCAUUGUUGUGAUUGGCAAUGGGACCACUGCAGAUUUAUGUGAUCCCUAAAGUGAAUUUUUCAACUUCAGUUGACGAACUCAUGAAGAGCCUUGUUUGAAAAUCCUGUCUGUCAUUCAGCAUUUUAAGGUGCGGCUUUCUUUUUUGUGUCAUUCAGAAUGUUAUGUCAGUGGUCCCCGACACACAGGAAGCUCUGGCUUAAGUUGUGCACCAUUUUUAUGCCCAUUAUGCCCGGUUUUGAAAAGACGCACAAGUUUACCCAUCAAUAUCCCUCCAGUGUCAGAUGCUAACACUGCUGUGGCAUACGAUCCACUGUGUGUAGUAUAGCCCCCUUUUGUGUCAUGGUUAUUUCAACUGAGUGUGCAUGCAUCUAUGUAGGUGCAGUUGUCAUCAUCAUCAUUACCGAUGACAGCUGUUCCUUUUGUUAGUACUCCAUUGCAUGUGUGAAAGCUGUUACCCCUCAAAGUGAAAAAUAAAUGAGUUGGCACAAAGCUUGAUCAUUGCUUUAUGGAA